CUAGGCCACAAACGGAAACGGCGUUACUUAGUAGCCAAUCGAACUGUUAAACCCUCACUCUGCACCCCUGAGCCGUCACUACCACACCUGGGACUACACAGUGAACUCUGAACCGCGGAAAGGCUCGAGCUUUUCAAUAUCAUCGCCGGACAUCUGAUACGUGUGGAAAAAGAACAUCGUGAAACCGAUUUCGUUAGCAAACGAAGACGUUAGGACUGUCUGUUUUCGCUGUUUAUCGUUGAGGGCCUUUUUUUUUUUCUUUAAAUAUAUAUAUAUAUUUUUUCCUUCCAAUGGCUUCGGAGGAUGUGAAGAGCGAAUCAGCGGUGUCGACGAUCGUGAAUUUGGCGGAGGAGGCGAAACUGGCUAGAGAGGGUGUGAGGGCUCCGAGCUAUGCUGUUCUCAGUAUUUGCAAGUCUCUGGUCGCUGGUGGGGUCGCUGGAGGCGUGUCACGCACAGCUGUUGCUCCCUUGGAAAGAUUGAAAAUACUGCUCCAGGUUCAGAAUCCCCAUAACAUAAAAUACAAUGGAACAAUUCAAGGGUUGAAAUAUAUAUGGAGAACUGAGGGUUUUCGUGGGCUGUUCAAAGGAAAUGGUACUAACUGUGCACGUAUUGUUCCAAAUUCUGCAGUCAAGUUCUUCAGCUAUGAACAGGCUUCAAAGGGAAUCUUGCGUCUAUAUCAGCAGAAAACUGGCAAUGAAGAUGCUCAGCUCACUCCUCUCUUGCGGCUUGGGGCUGGGGCAUGUGCUGGAAUAAUUGCCAUGUCUGCAACUUACCCAAUGGACUUGGUACGAGGCAGGUUAACUGUACAGACAGAGAAUUCUCCUUAUCGGUACAGAGGAAUAUUCCAUGCUCUAUCAACUGUACUCCGGGAAGAAGGCCCACGGGCUUUAUAUAAGGGCUGGCUUCCUUCUGUUAUUGGAGUUAUUCCAUAUGUGGGUCUGAACUUUUCCGUGUAUGAAUCUCUAAAGGAUUUUUUAAUUCAAACUAAACCAUUUGGACUGGUUGAAGACAACGAGUUGAGUGUGACAACACGGCUGGCGUGUGGGGCUGCUGCUGGAACUGUUGGACAAACUGUUGCGUAUCCUCUCGAUGUCAUACGUAGACGAAUGCAGAUGGUGGGAUGGAAUAAUGCUGCUUCUGUUGUUACUGGUGAUGGAAGGAACAAGGCCCCACUCGAAUAUACUGGUAUGAUUGAUGCAUUCAGGAGAACCGUUCGACAUGAGGGCUUUGGGGCAUUGUACAAGGGUUUGGUCCCCAAUUCUGUGAAGGUAGUUCCAUCUAUAGCAAUUGCAUUUGUGACAUACGAGGCGGUGAAGGACAUUCUGGGAGUUGAGAUCAGAAUAUCAGACUGAAGUGUGCUAAUUAUUGAAGAAAUAUUCUCUUUAUUGUAGGUAAGGGGACGGAGAGAGGUAAACUAGGGGUAAUUUUUUCCUUCUCGUUUCUCCAAUAAUGAGUUAGAAGCAUGCUGAAGUCUGUUUAUAAAUGGUUUUCCCGUGUUUUCCUAUCUAUGUUUCCUUCUGGAUAUUCUUUAGCUUUGGCUUCUUAUUGAUAUGCCAAGUCAAAUAAAUGUUUUGACAAUGCAAGAACGCAUUUGCAUGCCCUUCCAUAAUAACACAGAACGCUUUCCUCCAUGUAUAUUUUUACUGUGGUUCAUUCCUGAGCUCUCUCUCUCUCACUCCACAUGCGCAGAGAUCGUUUGUUUAAUUGGGGAUGAAGUUGAAGGCAGAAUCUAUCUUUACGAUAACAGAAUUACAGAGAAAAUUACGGAGAUAAAUAAUGCCCUAUUCCCAAAAGGUUUCAGUAUAUUUUGUGAUUUUAUCUUGUGGGUUUGAAUUACCUAAAGGAUGGGAUUAGAGGUGUCCCGAAAUAUUAACUCAUUUUUUCACAUUUGUCACACUACAUCAUUAUAUAUUAUAUAGGUAUUUGAUGAGAAAAGAAAGAGAACGGAAACUAAGAACUGUUUUGUGGUUUGCUUUUCCCAGUAGUCGAUUAUGAGAACAUGAUAUGCAUGGUAACAUUGUUCUCAGCAACUGUAAGAUAUACAUUUUUGCUUCUUUUUCUAAAUUAUUC